GCGCCUCUCACGUGACCUCCGACUGGAGGCCGGGGCUUGGGCCAAGAUGGCGGCCUACCUGCAGUGGCGGCUUCGUUUUUUUUUUUUCGUUUUCUUUGACAAGGAGGUGGUGAAGGAACCGCUGGGCAGCGAUGGUCCCGCUCCCGGGCCCGCGCCUGCCGCUGGGCCCGCUGCUUCCAAGCUCCUCUGCCUCCCUCCUGGCAUCACUGUCUGCGACUCCGGCCGAGGGAGCCUUGUCUUCGGAGAUAUGGAAGGUCAGGUCUGGUUCUUGUCCCGCUCCCUCCAGCUUACGGGCUUCCAAGCCUACAAACUGCGGGUGACGCACCUGUACCAACUGAAGCAGCACAACAUUCUGGCAUCUGUUGGUGAGGAUGAACAAGGCAUCAACCCCCUGGUGAAAAUCUGGAACCUCGAGAAGAGAGAUGGUGGCAAUCCACUCUGUACUCGAAUCUUCCCUGCCAUCCCUGGAACAGAGCCCACUGUUGUGUCCUGUUUGACUGUCCAUGAAAAUCUCAACUUUAUGGCCAUCGGUUUCACGGAUGGCAGCGUUACCUUGAACAAAGGAGACAUCACUCGGGACCGGCAUAGCAAGACCCAGAUUUUGCACAAGGGCAACUACCCUGUAACUGGACUGGCCUUCCGCCAAGCGGGAAAGAACACUCACUUGUUUGUUGUGACGACAGAGAACGUUCAGUCCUAUAUAGUUUCUGGAAAGGACUACCCUCGUGUGGAGUUGGACACCCACGGUUGUGGCCUGCGCUGCUCAGCCCUAAGUGACCCUUCUCAGGACCUGCAGUUCAUUGUGGCCGGGGAUGAGUGUGUCUACUUGUACCAGCCUGAUGAACGUGGGCCCUGCUUCGCCUUUGAGGGCCAUAAACUCCUUGUUCACUGGUUCAGAGGCUACCUUGUCAUUGUCUCCCGUGACCGGAAGGUUUCUCCCAAGUCAGAGUUUACCAACAGGGACUCACAGAGCUCCGACAAGCAGAUUCUCAACAUCUAUGACCUGUGCAACAAGUUUAUAGCCUAUAGCGCUGUCUUUGAGGAUAUAGUGGAUGUGCUUGCUGAGUGGGGCUCCCUGUACGUGCUGACGCGGGAUGGGCGGGUCCACGCACUGCAGGAGAAGGACACACAGACCAAACUGGAGAUGCUGUUUAAGAAGAACCUAUUUGAGAUGGCGAUUAACCUGGCCAAGAGCCAGCACCUGGAUAGUGAUGGGUUGGCCCAGAUCUUCAUGCAGUACGGGGACCAUCUCUACAGCAAGGGCAACCAUGAUGGGGCAGUUCAACAGUAUAUCCGAACCAUUGGAAAGUUGGAACCAUCAUAUGUGAUCCGCAAGUUUCUGGAUGCCCAGCGUAUCCACAACCUGACUGCCUACCUGCAGACCCUGCACCGGCAGUCCCUGGCCAAUGCCGACCACACCACCCUGCUGCUCAACUGCUACACCAAGCUCAAGGACAGCUUGAGGCUAGAGGAGUUCAUCAAGACAAAGAGCGAGAGUGAAGUCCACUUUGACGUGGAGACAGCCAUCAGGGUGCUGCGGCAGGCUGGCUACUACUCCCACGCCCUCUACUUGGCUGAGCACCAUGCACACCACGAGUGGUACUUGAAGAUCCAGCUGGAGGACAUUAAGAACUACCAGGAAGCCCUUAGGUACAUUGGCAAGCUGCCUUUUGAGCAGGCAGAGAGCAACAUGAAGCGCUAUGGCAAGAUCCUCAUGCACCACAUACCAGAGCAGAUGACCCAGUUGCUGAAGGGACUUUGUACCAACUAUCGGCCCAGCUUUGAAGGUCAAGGUGGCAGGGAGUCACCAGGCCGCAGGGCCAACUCAGAGGAGUUCAUCCCCAUCUUUGCCAACAACCCACGAGAGUUGAAAGCUUUCCUAGAGCACAUGAGUGCAGUACAGCCCGACUCACCACAGGGCAUCUACGACACGCUCCUUGAACUACGACUACAGAACUGGGCCCAUGAGAAGGAUCCACAGGUCAAAGAGAAGCUUCACGCAGAGGCGAUCUCCCUCCUGAAGAGUGGCCGCUUCUGCGACGUCUUUGACAAGGCCCUGGUCCUGUGCCAGAUGCACGACUUCCAGGAUGGGGUCCUGCACCUCUACGAGCAGGGGAAGCUGUAUCAGCAGAUGAUGCACUACUACAUGCAGCAUGAGCAGUACCGGCAGGUGAUCGAGGUGUGCGAGCGCCAUGGGGAGCAGGAGCCCUCUCUGUGGGAACAGGCGCUCAGCUACUUUGCCCGCAAGGAGGAGGACUGCAAGGAGUACGUGGCAGCUGUGCUCAAGCAUAUUGAGAACAAGAACCUCAUGCCACCACUUCUAGUGGUGCAGACCCUGGCCCACAACUCCACCGCCACCCUGUCUGUCAUCCGGGACUACCUGGUCCAGAAACUGCAGAAACAGAGCCAGCAGAUUGCACAGGACGAGCUCAGGGUGCGGCGGUAUCGAGAGGAGACCACCCGCAUCCGCCAGGAGAUCCAGGAGCUCAAGGCGAGUCCGAAGAUUUUCCAGAAGACCAAGUGCAGCAUCUGUAACAGUGCCUUGGAAUUGCCCUCAGUCCACUUUCUCCCAUUUGAGGAAAUGAGCACUUCAGUUCUGAUUGCUUCUUCUUUCCCACAGCUCAAGUGCUCCAACGACAGCUUCUCUGUCAUCGCUGACUACUUCGGCCGAGGCGUUUUCAACAAACUGACCCUGCUCACUGACCCUCCCACGGCCAGGCUGGCUGGAAGCUUGGAGUCUGGGCUGCAGCGGGACCUGCUCGUGCACUCCAGGAGGGGCACUUGAACAGCUGGAGGGCAAGAGGGGGGUGAUAAUGGAGGCCCAGCAGCAGGGAUACAGGACUGAGGCAGAGCUAAUGCCCAGGAGUCAGGCGGGCAGGCCCCGGCCUCUGCUGUGACAGCCUUCAGGACUGAAGGGGAUUUUUUUCCUGUCUUCUCUUUGGCCAGCCCACUGUUUUUCCUGUUAACUUUCUGAGCAAAGUUGAUUAUUCAAACCCUGGGGGAGGGCACCUCAACAACCUCCGAGUAUAGGCAAUAGCUGCUUUAUUCUCCAUCCAAGAGCACUAGUCUGUGCUUGGGUCCUUGCUCCCAGAGUCUAUAGAUAAAUGAUUUCAGCCCUG